AUGGCUUCAGCACGCCCACUACUCUACGUAGCCCUCGCACUUCUCAUGGUAGUCUCCAUCAUCGAACUGUCCUUCAUCUCUAGCAUGGUCGGUUGGUUGCACAGUACUGCGAGCGGAACUUUCUCUUUCGAAUGGCAGGGCAAAGAAUACCAACUCAAAGGCGAGCCGGCAAACCUCAUCGUCGAUCAGGGUCAUACAAGCAACGGUGCCGCAGGAACAGCAUUCAUUCCUAUCGGCUGCGGUGGUAUUCUCGCUCUCUGGCUCCGAAACAGACAUAACCCUGGAAAAUUCAGCCGCUUCUUCUACAACUUUUGGCUUGUCUUCAAUGUCCUUAGUCUUCUACUUGUCCUUUCGGCUCUUAUCUACACCUUUGUCGUUACAACCGAGCACAACGGACAGAGCAUCAUCCCCAGCGUCGCAGCCAAGCUUAAUGAUGGUCAAAAAUACCCUCUAGAGUCAUGGACGCCACAGAAUUGGUUCUCGGCUCUUCUUGAUCUGAACCUUAGCGACUCAAGCCAGAGAAGCGACAUUGAACAUCAUCUGCGACUCAUGAAGGGUUGGCAGUACAACCUCAUUCCGUUCUUCGUCAUUCACCUUGCGGAGACUGGGCUUGCGCUUUGGGACGCUAUGCAGCGACGACAUGAGUUUAACCCAGCUUAUGCACCAGCCAAGCGUGAUUACGGAUCUGCUUGA